UGUCUCUCUGUCAGGACAAUAACCCACAGGAGCUGUUUUUUUUGUUCCUGUGGAUGUGCUAGAGCUUGGUGCUGCUGGUGGAGUUGGACUGCUGAGAGAUUCUAGCUGUCACUUAGAUCAUUUUCCCACGCCUCAACACAAUAUGGCGGCUAUAAAAACCUGUCUUAUUGGCGUGAUGCUGGUUCUUCUGUGCUCGUUCCAAACCCCCCUCACUCCAGGGGUCAGGGCCCAAGAGGACAUUCAUACUGAAGAUGUCUCAGAAGAUGACGGUGAGAGUGAUCACGAGGAGGUAGCGGCUGGAGAUGGUGAUGAUGAUGCUGGUGAAGACGAUGAUGGUGACGAUGGGGAGACUAUAGGAACUGAUGAUGAUGAUAGUGAUGAUGGUGAGGAAGACAGUGAUGAUACUAAUGAGGAUGAUCAUGAUGAUAUUGUUGAGGACAGUAAUGAGGAAGCCGACGAUGAUGCUGAUGAUCAUGAUGGGGAGAGUAAUGAAGAAUCAGCCAAUGAUGGUGCUGCUGACGGUGAUGAUGAUGGUGAAGAUGAUAGUGACCAGGAGGAGGACAGUAAAGAAGAUGAUGGGGAUGAUGAUCAUGAGGCAACAGAUAACAAUGACAGUGAUGAAGAUGAUGACAACCAGGAGAGUGAUGAUGAUGAGAGCAAAGAUGAUGAAGAUGAUGAUGACGAUGACAAUGGUGAAGAAAAUGAUGACGCUGAUGAUGGUGGUGAUGACAACAAAGAGGACGAUGAUGAUGAGGAGGAAGAGGAGGCGGAGGAUGACAAUGAACCUGACACUAGUGAGGGUCAUGAUGACGAUGGUGAUGAUGAUGGUGACACCGAUAAUAACGAUGAGGAUGAGGAUGAUGAUGAUGACGACGGUGAUGAUGCUGCUGACCAGGAAAGUGAUGGAGAUGAUGACGCUGAUGAUGAUGAUGACAGCAAAGAGGACGAAGAUCAUGAUGAUCACGAAGGUGAAGAUGAUGAAGGUGAAGGUGAAGAGGAUCACCCAGAAGAAGAAGCUGGUGAACACCAUCGUGCUGGAUCGCUGUGUGGCUACUGCUCCUUCUGUGAGCACUGCAAUGCCUGUGACAAGUGCCCUUGUCAGGAGGGAGACACGUCAGAAGACUGCACACACUGUGAAAUGUGCAGUUACUGCUACAUCUGUCCUCUACUAUGUGAUACUGUUUGCCAACCAGGUGGCUUUAUUGAUGUACUAACAGGAUCAAUCUACAAGACAAUAGCUGACGUCUUUGAAUAACCUGGACCCCCAUCGCCACCAUGUGGCCAUGGCAGGAGCUGCAACAAAGGGAAUACCAUUAUUACAGUACAUCCUUUUCAGCUAUUUUGACCACAACAAUACUUCAUUUUUCCAUUACAUUUCGAUCUAAUAACAUGACACAA